UAAUCAGUUAACUUUGGUUAAUACGCAUGUGGCUAAAAAAAUGUGACACAAGAUCUGUCAAGGGGCCACAAGGAAACUAUACAAUGCAUUGAAAAUGGAAAUACUUCCAUUUUACUUCCAUAGGUCUGUGCAUGUUUAUGAGUUCCCUAAAUUCCCCGAGAAUGGAGACUGGAGGUUAAAAGUCAGGCACGAGCAAUCUAGCACGUCACUCUGUGUGUGUCUAGGUCUGAGUCUGCAGUCCAAGAGAUAAUAAAGGCUUUAUUUGAUCAAAGCCGUUCUGUUUGUGCAUUUGUGAUGUCAGUUGGUCGAUGUCAGUGAACACAAACUCCUAAUCCUACGAGAAAGGUCUAGAAAGUGCACUGUUGCAGGAAAAACAACAGAAAUAAAUCUCAAAUGGUUUUCACUACAAAUGACAUUACAAACCACCACAAGUUAUUAAGUGCAAGCUCUCUGCUGCUGAGAGUGUGCAAAGGAACUGAAGAACUUGCCUGACUUGCCAUCAGAGAACAUGACCUUGCUUGAGCUGCUGAUAUUUAUACAUGAAAUGGAGCUCUCAGAAAUGUAUCCAAAUAAGUGGACUGCUCUGAGAAUGGAUCUUACACUUCCAGUGACGGUAGCUAAAGCAGACCCUGAAUCUAACCAAAAAACAUCUGAGGUCCACCAUGGGAUGGGAGCACCUCAGCAGCCUUGCUGUCAUUAGUAUGAACCAUGCAGUUCCUGGUCAGAUUUGCUACGAUGAUGUAACUGACGACUCGAAGAAAGCAAGAAAGAUCAGGUUUUAGAGAAAUUGAUUUGCAGUGAAAAUUGUGUGUGGUUUGGAUGUUAGUGUGUAGUGCUCAUUAAAAAAUAAAGUAAAUUGGUUAUUUAUUUUUUUAGGUGGCGUCAGGGUGGCGAGGGUCACGGUGUGGUUCUCCCAGGUUUCCUCAAACCACUCUGGACCUUGUUCUCUCUUGACCCCUUAUAGUCCUGAUAAUGGGCCGCUCCGUUGCUAGGUGCCCUGGCGCGCGCUUGGCUUAAAUGUCACUCCUGGGUCUCGCGCGCGGCUGAAGCGGGCUUUUCCGCUUCUCCUCUGAUCCUGAACUAACCGUUAUGGACAACUCCAACCAUGAUGGGGCUGAUGACACUGAUGAGCUGCUUAGUAUCGAGGUGAUCAGUGAUUUCUGUCCAACUCGAGACCAUUGUGACAUGCUGCUGGAUGCCAUCGAUGCUCAGCUUAGUCGCCUACAGGUCAGAGAGACGCUGGUUACCGAGACCUGCAGUCUUGGCCAAGCAAAAGGAGAAAAUGGAAAAAGAGAGGAUAUUCUUGGUUCAGUGUCUCUUGACAGGACUACAUCUAUUAGUAAAGACACCGGUCUGGGCACUGAUAAAGCGAGCUCCGCUGCAGAUGUUUUGACUUCCGAUCAGGCAGAUCUGACCACAGUGGAGAACAGCAAGAACGGAAUGGAGCAUGUUAGGCUGCAGGAGAACGUGUGUGAGGAGAAUGAGGCGCAUGAAGGACAGGGUACUACCACUGAAUGGCCUACAGGGGGAGCUGGAGGAGACAGGAGCUCCAAGAGGGAACAGUGUCUGUGGAGACUGGAACGAUUGCUGGGAACUGGAAAUGGGGUAGCGAGGAAGGAGGACGGCGACGAGGAGGACAGCGUACGCACCGAGGACUUCAGCGCGAGAUUCCUCGAGGAAAUGCUCGAACCGACAAAGCUGAGCACAGCCGGAUCUGUUCCAGACUUCAGUGCUCCGGAUUCUGCCAGCAUCAGCAGCGACACCACACUCAUUACCGAACCUCACACUUCAAACAGCCAGAGAGGAAAUCAGAAUCGCAGUGUGGUUUCUUUUCAAAAUCCCAGCAGACAACUUGCCGGUGUUUCACUGAAAAGUUUCGACUUGGUCACGAUAGACAGCGAUCUGGACUCUGUGUGUACAGAGCGAGUACGACACCAUCUCCAGAGCUCCCUCACCAACAGCAUAGGACAAAGUCUUUCGAAGAUAUUUCCAGUCAAUUCAUCGCUGUAUUUCAUUACAGCGCAAGAAGGCUUUUUAGAGAAUGGAUCGCGUGCAGGAAGGAUCGGCGUGAAAAGCACAGAAGGACCUGAAAACCGAAGAGAAAGCUCCGAAGAUGAAUUAAACAGCGUGUGUGUAAGGGGCAGCAGAGUCCUGAGAUCUCCAAGCAGCGUCCAGCGAAGAGAGAAAAAGAACCAGAGCAGGAGGCACAACAACACUUCCACAAACUCUACAGCCUCAACAGCUAGCAAAGGGAAGGCUGAGGACAAGCGCAACUCUGAUUUCAGAUAUGUGGAACCAUCACUUGCUGAACUACAGCAGCAAAAAUUGGCAGGUGUACAGGAAAUGGACAGAUUGAGAGAGGAGGUCGAGCGGGCUGAGAAAGAAAAACACACACUGCAUCUUAGUGUGGGACACACCAGGACACACACUCAGCUCCUCAGGAGCGAGCUGAACAAACUCCAAGCUCAGAGAGACUUGUACAUCCAGGAGGUCAGGGCUCUACAGGAGAGCCAGGCUGCCCUGCAGAGACACAUGACGACUAUUCACCAUGACUCCAGCCCACGCAGGUAUAUGAAUAGCGGCUGUGCUUCUGCACUGGAGAGGGAGGAGAUGGAUCAUCUUUUGGACAAAGCCAAAUCAGAGCUGUUCUCCGAGCAGCGGCGUUUCAGACACACGCUGGAAACCAUGCAAGAGCGAUUGGAGGAAGUGAACCAGGGGCUGGAGCAGAAGCAGGAAGAGAACAGGAAGCUCAAAGAGAAGUGCUCCAAGCUAGAGCAGAAGCUGAUCACAGCCACCAAAACAAGACAGGAUCUACAGGAAUCUGUACAGAAAGAGAGAGUAGAGCAGGAAGGACGGCUAGGAGCACUCGAGAAGAUCGUCGCACAGAAGGAGCUGCUUCUUCUGGCAGCGCAGGAGGAGAAGAAUCACCUCGAGAUGGAGAUCAGGGCUGUCAGAGAGGAGCACAGUGCUAAGCUUACAGCGUCAAUAUCACACGCUCAGAAGCAAAAGGAACUGGAACUGGAGCAGUUCAGGACUCAGAUGACUCUGACCCAUACAGAGGAGCUACAGCGGGUCCGUAUUCAGGUGCAUGAGAUUAAAGAGGCUGCGCUCAGAGAGCAAGCCGUCACGCACACACGCCACACCGAGUCCUUACACAACCGCAUCCAGAUGAAGGAGGAAGAGGUGAACAGGUUAGAGGAGUGCUUGAAGCAGCAGCAGGAGGAACUCAGGAAGAGAGAAGAGGAACUGAGAGGAGAAAUGCAAGAACAGGUGAAGAGGGUGAUGGCGCAAGAGCAGAAGAAGUGGGAGGAGCAGAGGGCGGAGUCUGUACGAGAGCUACAGGCCAGACUGGAGAAACAGAUGCAGGAGGUGGAGAAGAGAGGGAAAGCCGAGGUGGAGAAAGAGAAACGAGGAGCACUGGAGCUGCAGAACAAAGUGCUGGAGCUGCAGAAGACUGUGGAGGAGUUGGACAGAGCAGCAUCUAAGCAGACCGUGGUGAUCAGAGCUCUGAGAGAUGAGCACCAGACUGAGAUAUAUAAAUUGCGCAGACAGCUGCAGCAGGAGGCUGAAGGCGAAGCUGUGCGUCUAAAGAAGAGUGUGAGGCGCAGUGAGGCGGAGUUACAGGCCGUGAGGGCGGAGCUGCAAGGCAUGAGGGCGGAGCUGGCAGAGCAGGGGCGGCUUCAGCAGGGGGCAGAAGCGAGACAUGAGCAGCUGAAUGCCAGCUGGGCUCAGGAUAUACACGCUGAGUGUGUGUGUCUACAGGAGCUGCUCACUUUCACCGGCUUCACAGUGGACAACACACAUCUCUCACAUGGUGUUACAGUAAACGAGGCGGUGAAAGUGCUGCAGUCUCUCAGGAAGUCGUUCCAACAUCUCAUCCCCAGCCUGCAGACUCACAUCACUUCACUGACACACACCAAACAGCAGCUCAGUGCUGAUAAAGAGGAGGAGCUACGGGUGCAGAGGGAGCAGUUAAUAGCUGAGAAGGAAAAAGCUGUGAAUGCGUUGAGGGAAAAACUUAUCCAUGAGCACAUCGAGGAGCUGAGCAGUCUUAACAGGGCACGUGUGCACGAGGAUGACGAAGGUGGCGGCACGGCGGCACGUCUGCGCAGGCAGCUUCGCGCUAAAGACGAAGAGCUGCGGCAGGUGCAAAGGAACAUGGUGCAGUGGAAGGAGAAAACCAUGGCACGACUCGCACGCAAGUUUGAGCAGGAGCUCACGUCUGAGCUGGACAGGAAACCCUGCAGACACAAAUCAGAUCAGCGUCGGAGACUGGAGCAGCUCGAGGGAGAAAUGAGACACCUUACUGCGAGCUCCAGUGAGAUCACGGACGUCCCACCAUCCUCGACUUCAUCAACUCACCUCCCUGACACAGCCAACACCCGUGACCUGGACUCCUUCAAACUACUGCGCCACCUCCAGAGCCGCAUCCGGCAGCUGCAGGCGGACGCACAAAGCCAAACACACACCUACACACCCAACGUUGUGCGUCUACACCGGGACCGGAGGAACACCGAACUGGCGGGAUCCUACCUCGAGACAAUUGUUUCAGCACCGGACAGCAGCGAGACGAGACAGCGUUCUGGUUCCAGAGCAGCCACGAACGCCGGCCUUUGACCAACAACGAUCAGCGUUUUGUGAAGUGUGAUUCGGAAACUACAUCAUGGAAUGUUUACGGUUGACACACUCACGACUCCACAUUUUUAUUUUUUAAAUAAUAAAAACACAUUCCCAAGUUCA